AGAAGCUGAUGGCGGAGCAUUUGGCUUCUAUUUUUGGAACCGAAAAAGACAAGGUUAAUUGUUCUUUCUACUUCAAAAUAGGAGCUUGUCGUCAUGGUGAUCGUUGCUCACGAAUCCACAACAAGCCAACAUUUUCGCAAACAAUUGUAUUGCCUAAUUUAUAUCGUAAUCCCCAAAUGACGAACCCUGGAAUGGGCGAAACUCGUCAAUUUGAUAAAACGGGAGUAACCGAUCUUGAAAUGCAAAAACAUUUUGACGAUUUCUUCGAAGAUGUGUUUGUUGAAUGCGAAGACAAGUAUGGCGAGAUAGAGGAGAUGAACGUAUGUGACAACCUGGGUGAUCAUCUUGUGGGAAACGUUUAUGUGAAGUUUCGUUUUGAAGAAGACGCUGCGACAGCUGUUGAAGAUCUAAACAACAGGUGGUUCAACUACAUGCCUAUUCACGCUGAACUCUCCCCGGUUACUGAUUUCCGCGAGGCUUGUUGUCGACAAUACGAAAUGGGAGAAUGUACACGAGGCGGUUUUUGCAAUUUCAUGCACUUGAAGCCUAUCUCUCGGGAACUCCGAAGAGAAUUAUAUGGGCGUUCAAAGAAAAGCAAGAAGCCUAAAAGUCGUUCAAAAUCGAGAGAGCGACGGAGAUCUAGAAGUCGCUCCGGAGGAAGACGUCGAAGGUCUAGAUCCAGAUCCAAGUCUGGUGGGAGAAGGCGAUAGACAAGAAAAACAAUUAACAGCAAACGGUGGCAAUAUGUGAUAUUAUCUCGCUAUAAUUGAUGUGAUUUUUAAAGUUUCGUUCUUGACAAAUUUAGUGUUCUGCAAACUAA